AUGAUGAUAGCACUUCGUCUUAUUCUUUUUGUCGUUUUUAGUUCAAGUGUAUAUUCACAAACAUGUCGUGGAGUUUCUCAAUAUGGUCAAUGUUCAACUAAUAAUGAUUGUGGUUGUCUUCCUUUGGCAAAUUCUGAGAAUAGUGGUAUUUGUGGUUUUCUUUGGGUAGAUUGUUCUCGUCUUGAAUCAUGUCAAACUCCUGGUAAUACAUGUGAAAAAUCUGAUCAUAUGUGUGUUCGUCUGCAAUGUAAAAAUGAACCUGUUUGUUAUCCAUUGUCAAUGAUUGAUCAACGAAUGUGUCCACCACUAGGGGCUAUGCCUUCACCAACAGUACCUAAAGACGGUAUCUGUGCAACAGCAACAUGGAGUCGACAAGGUGUUACUGUAGCUGGUGGUUAUGGAUGGGGCAAUGGACUCAAUCAACUUAAUGAUCCUUUGGGAAUAUUUAUUGAUGCAAAUCGAACUAUUUAUAUUGCAGAUACCAACAAUGCUCGAAUAGUCAAAUGGACAAAAGGUGCUACAUACGGUGAAAUAGUUGCAGGUGGAUAUGGAGCAGGAGCUGGUACAGCACAAUUAUAUGGUCCAAUGGAUGUUGUCGUUGAUAAAUCUGGAGCAAUCUACAUCACUGACACAAUGAAUAAUCGAGUGCAAAAAUGGAAUCGAAAUGCUAAAGUAGGUGAAACGAUUUUUAUAGUACAGCGUCCUAUUGGUUUAGCAUUAGAUAAUGAAGAUACACUUUAUGUAUCUGCAUCUUAUCGGUCACAUGAUGUACUGAAAUUACGUAAAGGUGAAAAAAAUGGAUAUGUUAUUGCUUCUAAUUUACCUGAACUCUAUUAUUUGUUUGUACAUCAAAAUCGAUCUAUUUAUGCUGCAGAUAAAAAUAAUGGUCGAAUAUUAAAAAUAGAUGAAAGUAAAUCACAAAUUUCAUUUGUUAUUGGUCAAUUACAAAAUCUUGGUGUAUCUCAAUUAUCAUAUCCACAAUCUGUUGUUGUUGAUCAAUCUGGGUCUAUCUAUGUUGUUGAAUACGGAAAUCAUCGAGUUACACGAUGGUUACCUGGAGCAAAAGCAGGCAUUGUAAUUGCAGGUGGUCGUGGUCAAGGUUGGCAAUCUGAUCAACUCAAUCUUCCGACUGAUAUAGCAUUGGAUCUUGAUGGAAAUCUGUAUGUGGCAGAUCGUGGAAAUCAUCGUGUACAAAAGUUUGAGAUUGAUAAGAAAACAUGUCAAUAG